CAGGUUGAGUGGUUUUUCACUAUUCUGGAGCUCUUCAAUUUUGGAAACAGUGGUGAAAUUUCAUAACUGUAGGUGGCAGUAUAAGGAUAACCUUCCAAUUUGAGUCUACAAGGAAUCUAAUGUGUUUUAUUUUAGGGACAGACUACUACCAAGUGAGUGCCUCAAACACAAGUGGUUUAACAUUGAAGAAUCAGCAGAGGUAGAGCUUAUGCAUGGAGUAUUUAUUAAUAUUUAUGCAACAGGGAGUAAUGUUGUGAAGUGUAGAAAGGAGCAACUUCCAGUCAGUACUACUUAGCUGAACAGAAUAUACCUUAAACCACCUACUUGUUACUGGUUCCUGCAGCCUCCUGGGCAAUAGUAACUCAGCUCCACUUACUACCGAAAAAUGUCUGGCGGUCCCAUCUUUGAAAAACUUCUUGAAGAAGAGAUGCAAGUAUGUGCAGGUAGCGGUGCCAUCUUUGAGGUCAAGGUAUCUGGGCAAACCCCUUUAACCGUGAAAUGGUGUGUCGAUGAUGAAGAAGUCACAGAUUCUGACAAAAGAUACAUUUUGGAAGAGGAAGAUGAUGGCACUUACAAGUUUCAAAUCAGGGAGGUGAAAGUUGUGGAUGAUGAGAAUGAGUUCACAAUCAAAUGUGAAGCAUCCAACAGUAUUGAUACAAUUAUUACAGAAUGCUGCUUAGUUGUGGAAGAACUACCAGAGGGGCUGAAAGGAUGCAUGUAAAGAUUCGAACCCAGUCAGUUAGCGCAUUUCAUACUUAGGACACUGACAAAAUCAUGGAUCAGCUGAACCCAGCUUUGACCACCACUAGAGAUUCAUCUCAAUGUGAAUAAUUUUCAAUAGAUGUUGCAAAAGUUGUGUUCUUGCAUUUGAAUACAGGUGAUUGCUUUCAAUUUUUGAUAACUACAAAACUGUUGAAAAUCAAUAGUUAAUUAACAUGAUAUAUCAAUUGGUUACUGAUUUACAUGAUAAAUGAUGAAAUCGCAAUCUAUGACCGAAGUGUUUAAAAUGUAUCUAUAUAUGAAGAGCAGUCAAUGCAACACAAUCGCAAAAUUUAUGUAUCCAGAAUGAUGCAAAGCUGAUCCAAACAGAAAAAUUGAUAUACAAAUGAAACACUCAGUUUAUGACAAAAGUAUGAAUGAAAUUAAAACAUUUUCUAAUGAUUUCUGGAUCUCUACACAUUUUGAAAUGAUACCUUGCUGUAGAUUUCGAUGGUUUAAAUUUGUUUCAUGCUAUCUGCCUGACAAUAUGUAUGUUUGUUUUAGAUGAAAGACAAAGAUGGUUUCACAAUAAAGAAAUGAUUAUGCUAGUGACAGUUUUAAUGAUAAUAAGUAGUAAUCACAUUUUGUAUUUUAUAAUAUUUCUUAUUUGUAAAAAGAUAAUUCAUCAUCCAAAUAUCUCACGGAAAUUUAGUCUUUCCAACUUUCACAAUCAUCAAUUUCCAAUUUAAUCUAGAUUCUUUUAAGGAUGGAUUUUUUUCACAACAGAUUAAACUUCAUCUUGUAUAUCCAAUUGCAAUUAAAUAUUAUUUCUUAA